AUGUUUCCUUUACCGGAUGUUAAGAAACAGGUUUCAUGGCGAACAUGGGGAUAUCGCUGGCGCUCGUCCGAUACAUUUAUUCUCAGUAGCAUGUCUAUGGCAUUGUUUACAGAUGAAAUGCUCUUCGCUUUCAUGGUCCCACUGCUCCCUUACAUCUUCGAGAACCGCCUAGGGCUAGACACAUCCCUCACCCAGCGAUUAACAUCCAUAUUUCUAGUUGAAGGCGCAUUGAUAUCUAUCGUCUCGAGUCCAUUCAUCGGGAAUAUAGCGGACAGAGCCAGCUCCAAGAAGACUCUACUACUGGUAUUGCUGGUACUGACUCUGAUUAGCGUAUUAUGUCUAUCAAUCACUACAUCCUUGGCCUGGCUUUUCAUCGGUCGCUUCUUUCAAUGUAUCGUCAGCAACGCAUUAUUUAUCGUCGGCAUGGCCACAAUGGCCGAGAAUAUUGGGUCAGAACACAUGGGCAAGAUUGCAGGCUUGACCUCGACCCUAACUUCAGCUGGGACAUGCUCUGGUCCUGUCAUUGCUGGGUUUCUUUUUGGAACUGGAGGGUACUGGACAGCAUGGGCUGGUGCGGCGCUGUUUCUCGUCGUGGAUAUAAUUAUGCGUCUGCUCAUGAUUGAAAAACAGCAGAAACGUCGUGACACUGCUUGUCGGGAUUUAAAUGGAUCACCGUGCGCUGAAGAGAAUAGGCACUCAUCUGAAACGGAACCGCUUCUUGGUGGAGAUAUGUCAUCGGCUACCGAGGAAAUUGGCGGUUGGCGCUUCUACGUCUGCCUUUUCCGUCAGCCUCGCUUUAUGGCGGGAAUUGUUUGCUAUUUUGUCUUUGCAUUGUUUAUUGCCAGCUUCGAGUCUACUAUCGCGAUGCGUGUCAGGUACGCUUUUGACUGGGGUGUCUUCCCGAUCGGGCUUUUGUUCGCUUCUAUCCAGGGCCCGGGCAUGAUCCUUGCUCCUCUUGUUGGGUCGUUGAAAGACCGUGUGGGAUCGAGGGUUCCCACUACCAUUGGAUUUAUCUCUCUUGCGCCUUUCCUGUGGGUUCUUGGAGUCGCCGGUGAUGAGCGCUUUCCAUGGGCUACUUUGGGGAAUAGAGGGAAGAUCAUCUAUGGCGUCUGCACGACUAUGAUUGGGUGUUUUAUGUGCUUUCUCAUGGGGGUUGGAACGAUGGAAGCAACCAGAACCGUUGAUGAGUUGGAGGACUUAUAUCCUGGCAUAUUUGGUCCCUAUGGAGGAUAUUCGCGUGCUGUUGCAGUCACAAAUAUGAGUUGGAUGUCUGGUCUACUGGUGGGACCCAUCUUAGCUGGAUUUAUGGUCGAGAGAUUCGGGUAUCUUGAGCUGCAGUGUGUACUCGCGGUCACUUCUUUGCUGGCUAGCGUCAACGCUGCCUUGAAUCUCAGUUCAGCCAGUCCUCAAAAGGAAGAGUGUGAUAGUGACUUUGGGACUGAUGAGCCUUAA